CACAGGGCUGUGCUUGGCUGGAAAUCGGCAAGAAGCUGUUCUGAGCUGUGGCUAAGGCCUGUAGCUGCCUAGUGUACUGCUCUCUCCUCAAUGCUGCUGCUGGGCUCACCCAUCCCUUUCCCAGAUCUGUAGCAGCCUUUCCCGGCUUUAGUUGGCUCACUGCCCACUGCUUCUUUGCUGCAGCUGUGGGACUGCUUAUAGCUGAGCCUCUCCACUCAGUCACCCGUAAUUGUGUGCCCCUGAGCAGAGCCAGCAAGCAGGCAGCUUUCUCUUGGGCUUCUGCUGCAGCACCUGCUACUUGAGUGCUCCGGGUUCCUACCCCCAGAUACAUCAUCUUUGAUCUGAUAAGAUGAGCACAAAACCUGUUCUUGUAGUCCAUGGUGGAGCUUGGGCAAUACCAGAUGAGUUUGCUGAAAGAAGCAUCCUGGGAGUUAAAAACGCAGUUAAGAGUGGCUUUGCAGUGCUGGAAAUGGGAGGAAGUUCAAUGAAGGCUGUAGAAAUUGCUGUGCGGGCCUUAGAAGAUGAUACUGUGUUUGAUGCAGGUCAUGGUGCUGUACUGAAUGCUGAUGGUUAUGUGGAACUUGAUGCAAUCAUCAUGAAUGGUAAAACUCUCGCUGCUGGCGCAGUCUCCUGCAUCAGGAACAUUUCUAAUCCGGUGACAUUUGCUUGUUCAGUCUUGGAAAAGACACCUUAUGUGAUGCUCACUGGAACGGGUGCUAACCAGUUUGCUGAGAAGCUAGGCAUACCUCAAGUGCCUGUAGAAGAGUUAGUAACAGACCAUGCCAAAGCUGAAUGGGAGCAAUACCGCAAAUACAAGCAGACUGUCAAAUCACUUUUUAACACAGAAUUGGUUCAUGACACAGUGGGUGCAGUUGCUAUAGACUGUGAAGGUAACAUGGCUUGUGCAACUUCAACUGGAGGCAUCACAAAUAAAAUGGUUGGACGUGUUGGUGACACCCCAGUCAUAGGUUCAGGUGGCUAUGCUGACAACCUUGUUGGUGCUGUCUCUGCAACUGGUCAUGGAGAAUCCAUCAUGAAAGUCACUCUUGCAAGGCUUAUCCUCUUUCAUAUGGAACAAGGAGAUCCAGGUUCAAGUUCCUGCCCUGGAGCAGGGACUCAUGCCUGGAUGUCUUGCAUCCCAGAUCUGCACACUACAAGAUCCUCCAUGUGUGGGUCUCUCCACUACUGUGUAGAAGUGGGAGAACAGCCAUCUCUGAGGCACCAACUCCUCCCAUCUCUUCCAGACCCUGUGGAGGCCUUUCUACAGGUAAAACUCCAGAGGAAGCUGCAGAUUCUGCUCUUCACUAUAUGGAGAAGAGAGUCCAUGGACGGGGAGGAGUUAUAGUUGUCAGCAAAACUGGAGAAUGGACAGCACGAUUCACCACCAAGCGGAUGGCAUGGGCAGGCAUAAAGGAAGGCGUGUUAAUGUAUGGCCUAAAUCCAGGAGAAACAAUUCAAGAAAUAAUUAAACCCUCCAAAUAAACUUUUUGGG